AUGGGAGAAACUUUGUCUCACCUUUCCCCGGAUGAAUUAACAUACAAGUUUGAUCUUGAAGGUCUAAUUUAUGAUAGAACAUUUAAUUCAUAUUCUAAAGUUAGGCAAAUGGCUUUCUUCGUUAAAUAUAAGGGGAAACAUGUGACCAUUUCCAAUACGAAUAUCAAUGAUACCCUUCAACUAUCAAAUUUCCAGUUACAAUAUUUGAAUAUUACGCAAAUGGUCAUAAAGCCUAAAGUGAUUUCUUUAGUUUUGUUCGAUUGCAAUAAUCGUUCGUCGUAUAAUUUUAUUAGUUUCAUGUUGAGUCAUCAUUUUAAAUUGUUAAAAUCAUUUACAAAUAAGUUUAGUUUUCAAUUAAGUAUACAUGACGAUAAUUUGAUCGACAUUAAUUUGUUAAAUGGAAUAUUGUACCAUUUUAGUUAUAAUAAUUAUAUUGUAAAUUGGUUUUCAAUACACUAUAAAACUGUGAAGCAAAUUACGGGAGUACAACAAACUUCCUUUGAAGAAAAUUCUCAUGACUUGAAUCAUGGCAGUAUUGAGAACUUAGAAUUGCAUCUAUUUAAUUCAUCUAGAUUGAUGGAGCACUUUAUGUAUUUUAGAAAUCACAAUUGUAUAUGUGGAAACUUGAAAACUUUAGAUUUAUCGUAUAAUAAUAUUAAUGAUGAGAACUUGGCAAAGUUAUAUUUUCCUGAUCUGAUACAAGACCUUAAUUUAUCCAAUAAUAAUCUUCAUACAAUAUCCAAUAACUUUAAUAUUAACAACCUGGCAAAUUUAAGAAAUCUAAACUUGUCUAAUAACAACUUGAUUAGGAUAUCAAUUAGCAUUAAUAUAUCUUUCAAUUUAGAGGUAUUAGUAUUGUCUGGUAACAACUUAAAUAAUUGCAAUUUCUUAUGUAAACCCUUCUUCCAAAAUUUGCUGAAACUUAAUAUAUCGCGAAAUUUGAUAUCUAAUCUAAUAAAUCUUCCAACCUCAUUAGAAAGAUUAGAUUUGAGCGGCAAUUAUUUGAGUUCCUUCUUUAACGAACAAACUUCAAAUGUUUUUCCUGCCUCGUUGGUAGAAUUGAAUUUAUCAUGGUGUAAGAUACUCUUUAAGGCAAGGCUAAAUGUUAUCGAAGCAAAGCGGACUCUACACAUCGAAAAUUUACAUAAAUUAAAAUCAUUGAUACUUAGUGGUAAUUACUACUAUAAUAUUAACUCGGAAAUAUUACAACUCUGCAAAUAG